UUGUGCGUUUAGUCGGGCGUGCAGUGAAUGGAAAAGAAAUCAGUUUUCAGUUAUUUUACGCACGCAUAUUAAUGCAAGAAGUCGGCUUUUAUUGUUUUGAGUGUGUUGAAGUUUAAAUGGGUUUCCUCGUUAGCUCUUUUCUUUGAAGAAGGCAAACGACAUGGUCCACAUGGUCCUCACACACCACCUGUGCUUCCUGCUGAUCAGCAUGCUGGCCUGUCGGUGUCCUGCAGUCAGCGGGCUCUUUGAGUGGCUGAGGCGGACGGAGACAGCCUCACCUCCAGCUGUGGCUGCACCUCCAGCUGUGCCAGCGCUUCUUUCAAAGGAUGCUCAGUUUGAGAUGGCCACUGCAGACGAGAAGUUUUUGUCUGAAGCAAAGCAUAUGGAGAUCAGCCCGUUGGACGGCUGUCACUACCGGGUGGUUGCCCGGCUGAAGGCGAGCUGCGAAAGCCUUUCGGAGGAGCAGCUUGCGAAGCUCGGAGUCAUUCUGUUUAACUGCCAGGCGGAGAGUGAGGGGCGCCGGACGUACUCGUGCACAGAGGAAAUGACUUUAAAAGAGUGCACAGCAGACAUGGAUUCAGACACAUGGAAUGCUUACCACAUAAUCAGCAACAGAGCGCGCUCCGUUUGCUACGCAGCUCGCCAGCAGCUCUUCAGACGCAGAGCCGAGCACACCGUCAACGCUCUCAUCUCCACAGCCACCAGCCAACUUGAUGCAAUGAAGGAUCUGAAGGAGGGCCAGCUGGAACUGAAGGAACUGACUGCAGCCUCAUUGGACAAGCUGCUGGAUGGUCACAGCGCGCUGCAGGCCCAACAGGGCAAACUGUACGAAGGCCAGGAGCAAAUGGAGAGCUCGCUGAGGGACAACCUGCAGCGUCUGAGCCAGGAAAAAGCCCUCAUCGCCUCUGGACAGGAACUGGUAGCUCAGCUCAUUCAGGGCAUUACAAAGAGAAUGGAGAAUGUGAGUGAGCAUCUGCAGAUCCAAGGCUCCGAGGUGCAGGAUGGCCACAAAGCCAUUGUUGAAGACCUCGCGGACGUCCGAGACCGAGCUCAGGACAUCUACCAAAAAAUUGACCACAGCAUGUUGGAAUUCCUGCAGUAUCAGGACCAGACCUCGCAGUACUACACAGACCUGAUGAACAAACUGGAGCGCAUGAACAGCACACUGGGAGUCGUGCUGCACUUCCUGGACAACAUGCAGAUCCGGGUCGAGGAAAGGCUCCACAUGAUCCAAGGCUACCUCGGCUGGGCAGGCUUGAGCUUGACGGCCAUGUGGACGUGCAUUUCCCACACGGGGUACUUCGUACUGUGCGCCGUCGUGCUGACGUUCCUGCGCUGUGCGGGUUUCCCUCGGGCCAUGCUGCUGCUCAGUGUGCCUCUGAACGCAGUGGCCGAGCUCAACCAGCAGCCGGCGCUGGACCUCGGCGGCCUCAGCCUGCUGCUGCUCGCGCUCUCUCUGGGUCACUGGUUUGUGAGUCAGCUGUGGGCCUGCUUCCAGAUCAGAGCAAAGCCAGCCGCCCCGCUGCCACUUGUCCCGUGCAACAUUGUGGAGCCACAGAAGCAGCCGGUUUCAUCCCGCCGCUCCUAUCCACCGUCCUCCACGCCGCAGAAAGAGGAAAAGGACACCUUCAUGGAGCGGGACGACCUGUUGGAUCAGGACGGCUUCGUAUCAGGUGACUUCGGCAUAUCAGCAGUGUCUCCUCCUCACAGGAAGCCAGUGUCAGAGUUUGUGCCAAUUAUGAGGACACAUAAUCACUCGACUCCCAGGCUUGUGCCACAGCCAGCUCUCUCAGCGGCUCUGGUUGAUGACAUCCCUCUGAGGAACCUGGGGAGCGUUUUUGAUGCAGCGAACGACUCGCGGGAUUUGGUGAGCGACUCACGAAGUGCGAGUCCCACCCCGUCGCUGGUCAGCAACAGCUCUCUAUCAGGCCGUCAGCUGUGCAACGGUGUCACAAAGACGGGGAAGGCCUGUAAGAAGAGAGCCGUGCUGGGACACGAGUACUGCAGAGUCCAUGAGGGGGGACACGCCUCCUAUGUUCACUCCUGAAACGCUCCAGUUCCCCUCUUAAUGUUUUCCUUCACGAGGGCCUCCUCUGUGGAAGAAUCGCUUCUUGUUUUUGUGUCGUCAUCCUGCGUUCUGCCUGCUUUGCUCAAAGGUCACGUUUGCUAAACGAGCGCUACGCUUGACUGUUUUUUUAUUUUAAUCUAUUUUUAUUUACACAUUUUUAAGUGUUCACUUUUAAUAAAUUAUUGUUUCCUAUGAAUCUGA